AUGUCUGGUUAUUUAGAUGCAUUAUAUAAUAUGACAGUGUCUCCUUUAGCGUAUGGAGGAGACCCUCAGGAGACAGUUAAUCGUUUAUCUCUUUAUGGAUUAAGAAGAGAACAUUUAUUAGAUCAUAUGCAAUCUCUUAUGCUUAAAAAACAGACUCGUUUGUAUGAUUCUGUGGAGAGUAAAGCUAAGGCAGCAUUUACUCGUCUUUGCUCGCAGCAGCAGCAGCAGCAGCAGCAGCAGCAAAUAAAAGUAAAAAAGGGCCGCAGCAGCGGAGAAUCUCUCAAGGAGGUAAUGGAGAGAGAAGAGAAUGGUGUCUCCUCUGAGGAGACAGAUGAGGAGGAGACAGAAGGAGACACAUUAGCAGCAAAAGGAGACACCUCUAAUAUAAAAAAGAGAGGAGGAGGAGGAGGAGCAGCAGCAAAGACACAAACAGCAGCAGGAGCAGCAGCAAAAACAAGAGGAAAUAGACAAGGGGCCCCUAGGGAUAUGCUGCAGCAGAGGACAGUACGUAUAGCAGCGGGGGUUUGCGUUUUUGGUGCCUCUGCCUAUCUAGGGUUUAAUUAUAAAUUAUCUUCUUCUCCUAUUCAUCAUGAUGAACCCUUCCCUACAGAGGCAGAGAGGCGUCAUGUCUUUUUUACAAAGGCUGAGCAUUGGGAUAGAGAUGUCGCCUUCCAAGAACUCCUACUUGGCAUCGGACGAAUGAGGAAGGAAUUAGCGAGGCAGGCACGAGGAGAUGUAUUGGAGGUGGCAGCAGGCACAGGACGCAACUUUCGUUAUUAUGAUAAAGAAAAGGUUAAGAGCCUCACGGUGACGGAUUUUUGCAGCACAAUGUUGGAUCAGGCGAAGGCAAAGAAGGGAGAUUUAGGGGAUAUAAAAGUAGAUUUUUUUUUAGCAAAUUCUUGUAAAUUACCUAAAGAAAAAAAAUAUGAUACUAUACUACAAACCUUUGCCUUGUGUUCUUAUGAAGAUCCUGUAAAAACCCUCGAGGCAUUAGGAGACAAUCUUAUGCCAGCUGGCUUCGAAGUGGUCUCGAUGAAGCGACGCAACCUUGGUGAGUAA